AUGCUCCUCUACGCAGAUGAUGCGAAAAUCUACAGAUCAGUCACAGCUUUAGGUGAAGAUGAAGAACUGCAAACUGAUCUGAAUGUAAUUUCGAAAUGGGCUGAUGUACAAAAAGCCACCGAAGAGGUUGUGGGAUACGUUCAGAAGAUGGGAAAAGUGAAGUCUGAUUCCUUAAUGGAGCGUCUCUCCUUACAACGAAAAUCCCUCCGCCUGAAGAUCAAACAAGCACAGAAACACGAGAAGACCCUGUUUCUAAAGAAGAAAAGGCAAUCGAUCGUGCGCAAGAUGGCACAAAGGAAAAAACUCCCGAAAGGAAACGAACUAGAUGGCCUGGUCGAAGAUGCCGACUCCACCGAAAAUAGCGCCGAAAUGUUUGCUGCGAUAAGAGCUCUCAAACUGAAGCCGUACGAGAAUCCUUAUGUCAACGACGAAAACGGGAAACGGAUAGUACAGGCUGACGAAAUUGCGCGCGUCGUGGAGAGUCACUUUAAGGACCACUUCUUCAAACCAGACGAAGUCCGCGUUGACCGCUUCACUGGAGACCCGAGGAGGCUUGACCAGCCUAUCUCCUUUGAGGAAGUCAAAAGGAGCGUGAAGAGUCUGAAAAAUGGACGUGCUUGCGGCCACGAAAACAUCAACGUAGAAGUAUUAAAAUACGGCCCAGACAAAGUCAUAGAGAUGAUUACUUGCGCGCUGAACCAGAUCUUCGAAGAGCACAAAGACUUGGACCUCGGACGCGAGAAUAAAACCCGACUGCGACAGUUACCUCAGCACCUCCCAGUGCGCAUACAGAUCAGGACGAAGCACCACCGAUGUUGUCUGGGCCUACAGAUGGACGAUCGCGAGAGCCCAAAAGACAAAGAUUUCUCUACUGGCAUUGAUCUCUCGUCUGCCUUUGACACGAUUCGGCGCGAGAAGUUGCUUGGAAUUGUAGAGAGCUUUGUAGAUGAAUACGCUAACAGACUCAUCAGAGUUCUGAUAUCCGACACCUCUCUGGAACUGCGAAUUAACGGUGCUAAGGAGAGAGCAAAUUUUGAGACUAACAUCGGAUCCCAACAAGGCGAUGGUUUGAGCGGAAUGUUGUUCAACAUAUAUUUCGAGGAUGCCCUGAGACAUGUUCGUCGGCUCCUUGAAGAAGGUUUCAACAAGACCAAAGACCACACCUACGCUGUGGACGACAAGCCGAAAGAAAUCGUAUACACCGACGAUAGUGACUUCUUGUCUCUGGAGGAAAACAACGAUUCAGUCCAGAAAAUUGAAGAGACUCUCAAGGUGUAUAACCUCACAGUGAAUGUAGAUGAGACCGAAAAAAUCGUUAUCAAACGUGGCGAACGUCUCGAGGAAUUCUUGCGCAAGAACAAGAAGUUGGGAUCACUUCUCGGAGACGAAGAAGACAUUCUCCGAAGAAAAACUCUUGCUAGAAACGCCUAG